UUGUCGGUAGCUUGACACUCGGUAUCUCAGCGGGACUCUGGUGGCACCGCUGACAGCUCACACAAGUUCGUUAGCGUCGGUAAGCGUCCGGACACUUUCGCUUUUGCACUUGAGGGGAACGGUUGGGCCACUUUUCUCCGCCUCCGUCUCCCCGGUGGGCAGCAGACCCUGUAUGAGUCCAGCAGAGAGCCUCCUUUCGUGACCAUGCUGAACCUCACCGGAGCCGCUCUUUGUUUGUUGACGCUGUCGCUGCGCUCCUGCAUGUGUUGGACCACUUUGGAAGAUGAAUCUUUCACCAUUCAGCACUUGAGCUCGGGGAAGUGCCUCAGUUCAGGCUCUUCGACAGACUUGACCCUCACCACCUGCGACCCGAACAGCAGGUCCCAGCUGUGGUUGUGGGGUUACGAGCACCAGCUCUUCCACGUGGGCACGUCGCUCUGCGUGGCGUUGAACGUCCACACCAAGACCCCGUCCCUGGUUGACUGCGGCUCCAGCCUGCCGUUGGGGUGGCGCUGCGCGGACAGGGCUGUUUACACCGUGUAUCAGAUGGGCCUGGCGGUCAGCGAAGGCAAAAUUGCAGCCAAACGGGACUCUAACGAUACGUGGGUGAGAGGAGGAUCCCAAGACAACAUCUGCUACAGGCAAGAUCGUGUUCCAGUUGUCCACACCACCAACGGGAACUCUGCUGGCAGCCCCUGUGAAUUCCCCUUCAAAUACAACGGCAGCUGGCAUUUCGGAUGCCUCCCUGACGCAGACUUCCCUGGACUGUCCUGGUGUGCCACCACGUCAGACUAUGACCAAGACAGGAAGAAGGGACACUGUCUAACUCCUGAGAAGGGUUGCAGCACGUUGUUUGCUGGGCCGGAGGGGGAGUUCUGCUAUGAGUUUGUUUCCGCUGCUGCAGUGACCUGGCAUGAAGCUUUGGAUUCAUGUCGCAGUCAAGGGGCUGAUCUGCUCAGUUUGUCCGAAACCGACGAUCUCAACUCCACAACCCUACUGGACGGCCUUCGCCAUAUGCCUGAGAGGAUGUGGAUCGGCCUGCAUCAGUUAGACUCUUCUCAGGGCUGGCAGUGGUCGGAUGGAUCCCCUCUGUCUGUUCUGCGUUGGGAAAAUGGAAUGCCCUUCACCUCCAUGAUCAUUGAGUCCGACUGUGGAGUCCUGAACUCCAAAAAGAACUACGAAUCCGAGUCAUGCAACAAACGGCUGCCGUACAUCUGCAAGAAGAGUGCCAAUGCCUCUCGGGCUGAAACAACAGAGCCUUUCGAAUAUAAAGAAACAGUGUGUCAGGAAGGUUGGGUUCCAUGGAAUGGCUGGUGUUAUAAGCUGGUGAAGGACGAGCGACGAAACUUCACAGAUGCUGAGCAGCACUGCAACGUCACAGAGGGAGGGGGAUUUUUAGCCAGUUUCCACUCCAUUGACAGCAUAGAGAUGAUCAGCACCAAUUUCCAUGCAGAGGGACAGAUUUUGGACGUGUGGAUCGGUCUGUAUGGCGUCGGCAUGAACCCCACUGUCUUCAUGUGGAAGGACGAGGCGCCAGUAACCUUCACUUACUGGAAUAAAAACCAACCAGUCCAGCCCACUCAGGAUUCCAGCUGUGUCUUGUACUCUGGAAGGUCUCAUAGUUGGAAGGUUGGGGGCUGCACGCAGAAGCUGCCUUUCAUGUGCCAGAAGAAAGGAGAGGUCAAUGAAUCUGCAACACAGGACGGAUGUCGCUUUGAAGAUGGUUGGAGGAGACAUGGCAACUCCUGCUAUAAAGUGAACCCGGGACAAGUGUUCUUCAAAGAUCACUGUAACAUCACCAUAAGAAACAGGUUCGAGCAGGCCUUUAUCAGCCGUCUGCUUGGAGAGCAGAUUGGCAAGAAGACUCAGUAUUUCUGGAUAGGGCUGCAGGACAUCAAGAGUACAGGGGAGUACCAGUGGAUGAGCCAGGAUGGGGUUACGUACACCAACUGGGGCUGGUUCCAACCAGAUCGGGAGGGAGGUUGUGUUGUGAUUUCCACUGGGAAACCGUUCGGCAAGUGGGAGGUGAAGAACUGCACCCUUUUCAAAGCUGGCACCAUUUGUAGAAAAGACCUUGCUCCGCCUCCAGCCCCAGAACCAGAACCGAACCCUAAUGCAACCUGUCCUGACGGAUGGGUGUCCAGACAAAACAUCAGAUACUGCUACAAGGUGUUUCACGAAGAACGGCUGAGCAGGAAACGGUCCUGGGAGGAAGCUGAGCGGUUCUGUCAAGCGCUGGGAGCCAACCUGCCCAGCUUCACAAAUAACGACGAGAUGAGAGCUCUGCACAGCGUCAUGAGAGAAACUGUCAGUGAUAAUCGAUACAUCUGGGUAGGUCUGAACAGGAGGAACCCAGCUGAUCGCUCCUGGCAGUGGAGCGACGGGCGGCCUGUAUCCGUGGGCAUUUUACACCAAGAUUUUUACGAGGAUGAUGCAUACAGUCGGGACUGCACUGCUUUUAAGACGUCCAGGAGCACCUUGAAGCAUCUGGUCGUGUUUCUGCUCCACGACUUACCUCACGUCCCUUUCUUUGCCACGCCGUUUCACUGUGACGCCAAGCUUGAGUUUGUCUGCCAAAUCCCCCGUGGAAAGACUCCAAAAACCCCAGAGUGGUACAAUCCAGGGGGUCACCAUGAGACAUCUGUCUUCGUAGACGGAGCAGAGUUUUGGUUUGUUCCAGAGCCAAAGCUAAGUUUUGAGGAGGCAUCGCUCUUUUGCAAAGCAAAUGGCAGCAAACUGGCUUCUCCUCUGAGCUCCAUUGCUGCUGGAAAGAUUCAACAGCAACUGCAAAGUUUGUCGAGUUCUUCCAAGCAAAACUGGUGGAUCGAUCUGAGGCAGCCUGGACGGGUGUUCCCCAUGACGUACACCCAGAUGUACUUUUAUCACUCGUUUUUCCUGGAUAGAUGCACCUACAUCAGCCCUGACAGUCCCUUUCCAGAGCAUGAUCGCAGUUGCCGGCAGCGAUUUUCCUUUGUGUGUGAAAGACAGAACAUCACGUCAGUGGAGAUAAACCCUCAGGAUCCUCAGCCUGGAGGAUAUCCCUGCGGAAAUAAUUCUCUGUCCUUCAGAAAUAAGUGUUACACAUUGAUGAGGAGCAAGAAGCCUGUGCCAUUCAAGUUUGCCAGUGAGGAAUGCCAGUCGGUGAGGGGAACCCUGGUCACCAUAUCAGAUCAGGUGGAGCAAGACUUCAUCAACACCCUCCUGCCAGAUAUGAGAGACAUGGAAAAAAUAUGGAUUGGUCUGAAACUGAAGGAGAGCGACUCCGUAUGGGCUGACCAGACCCCAGUUAACUACAUCAACUUCAACCCUCUGCUCGUGGGUAUGCACAAGGCCAUAAAAGUCAAUAAAUGGGAUCAAGAGAGUAUGGAUUUGUGUGCGUACAUGAUCAAUAACCCGAGCUCUGACAUGCUGGGUACCUGGGACUACUCUUCCUGUACGCAAUUUCAGAAUACAGCCAUCUGCCAACAUUAUGCAGAUAAAGCCGAGGAGCCCAGUGUCUCUACAAAGCCCUUCCAGGUCAACAACCACACCGUCCAGCUGCUGGUCAAAAAUCUCACCUGGUUUGAGGCUGUAGAGCACUGUAGGAGUAACAACAUGGACCUGGCAAGCGUGGCCGACACUCUCCUGCAAUCCACCCUCACUGUGCGUGUGAGCCGUGCAAAGACACCCAUGUGGAUUGGCCUGUUCAGCGACGAUGAUGGGAAGCACUACCGCUGGGCCGACCACAGUCACACCGUGUUCAGUCGCUGGUCCUCCGAAGUCACCACCAGUGGCUCCUGUGUUUACCUGGACACCGACGGCUACUGGAAAGCCACUGAGUGUGACGAGGAGCUGGGAGGAGCUAUCUGCCACAAACCGCUCAAGGAGAUCAUCACCACACCAGAGGAUGUUGCAGUGAACUGCCCCCAUCAAAUUAAUGGUCCAAACUGGAUCCCUUUCAAGAACAACUGCUACACUUUCCAGCUGGUCGCCUCUAGAUGGCAACUGGUGGACCAAGGGCAAAUUCAGGAAACCUGCAAAACCCUUCAUAAGGACGCAGACAUCCUAACUAUCCGAAAUGAAGAGGAGAAUGAGUUUAUCCAGAGCCAGCUUGUACCAUUUCAAAGCUUGGCCCAGUUUGUGUGGCUGGGAAUGUUCAAAGACGACAUCGAUAACCAGACAAAGUGGUACGAUGGCACAAAUGUUCAAUAUUCUAACUGGGCAAGAGGCCGACCGAAUGUAGAUGGACCAUUUAUGGCUGGUCUCACCACGGACGGCACCUGGAUUCUCGUCACAAACACAAAGCUACACUGGGAGUUCAAACAAAAGACCAUUGUGACCUGCAAACUGGAUUAUGACAACAAACAUGAGUACAACAAGUCAUACUCGGACUUCAAACACUACGGCAGCUUGACUUAUGAGGUUGUGACCCAAAAGUUGACUUGGCAGCAGGCUCUAGAAGAGUGCGACCAGCGUGGAGGCCACCUGGCGAGCGUCCACGACAUGCAGCACGACGCACAUGUGAAGCUCAUUGCCAAGACAGAUGGAUUCAAGCUCUGGAUUGGCCUAUCGAACCAGGAUGUCAAAGGCUCAGCCUAUGAAUGGUCUGAUGGAACAAAAUUUGACUACAACCCCACUAUCACUGAUUCAGCUAAGAGUUCCAGCCCAGACAAACCAGAGGCCAGCUGUGUUUUUAUAACUCCUACUGGAACAUGGGAAAGGACCAGCUGCAAUACUGUGGUGGAUGGGGCCCUCUGCUACACCACCGCCAUCACCACCACCUCCCAACGAGCCAAACUGCAAGCUGCCCCAGGAGACAAUCACUGCCCUCAAAGCAACGGUGUGUCCAAGUGGAUUCAGCAUCAGGAUCACUGUUACGCUUUUGAUGAGAGCUUCUACAACUACAGCGUCUACAGCAUGGAGCAAGCCAAGACCAUCUGUCAGAAGAUUGAUGCUAAACUACUGACUAUCAAUUCCAAAGAGGAGAAUGACUUCCUUGCGAAGUACAUGGCUGAUAACCCUCUCAUCACCAAUCGAGUAUGGCUCGGCAUAGACCUUGAUACUCAAGGUAAGCCUCUAUCCUGGUUGGAUGGCUCGGCUCUGGCUUUCACUAACUGGAAGUCAGAGGACCAGCUUAAUAAGAAGUCCGAGCCCCAAUGUGCCGUCAUGAUGGCCGCAGAUAAUGGAACUUGGAGUCUGGUCAGCUGCAAGUCCAGCUACAGUCGUGUUGUCUGCAAAACUGAAACAAAGUCUGCAGGCACACCUGUGGCGCUGGGUCUCUUCAUCAUCAUCGUCCUCAUUCUUACUUUAGCCGCCGCCUUUAUCAUUUACAAGAAGAAAAGGUCCACCUUCUCCUCCACCGUCCGCUACAAGAGGACCUUCGAUGACACCACCAGUAUUGUAACCGAAGAUGACUGAGCUCGCUUAAGUAAUCAGCCUCAGGGAGUAUUGAAGCCUGCCUCGUGUGCUUUUAAGGAAUUCUCAGCUUGAGCGAAUGCAGCCUCCCCACACACACACACACACACACACACACACACACACACACACACUUUUUAAAAAUUAUUUAUUUUUCCUGCUUAAGCCUGAAAUCUUUCCACAGUUGUGUGUAAAACUGUAAAUAUUGUUUGAGAAUUGUGAAUGGGUGCCAAUUCAGUUUCUUAAUUUGGGUUUCUUGGUAUUGUGAGAGCACCGUGUUAUUCUAUCUGUUGAAUGUGAAAUUUUGUGUUGAUUUGUAGAAAUAUGCAGUCUGACAAAAUCUGACUUAAACUCCCAUUCAGCCUUAACAAGUGAAACUGCACUGAUGCAUGAGUGACUCCAAAAUGUCCUAUUUUUUUUAUUUAUACUGUGUAUACGCAAUCUAGUCUAAGGUGGUGAACAAAAACCAACACUUUAAGAGACUUUUAAAAGAACAAGCCACCUAAAAAUACAAUACAAACUAUUUUCUUUGACUGAGAGUGCAAACUAUCUUGAUAACUUUUCCUUCAAAUUCUAGUAAUGCAACUAGAUCUGCUAUAACUUUCUACAAACACAAUAACCCAACUAAAGACUGUGGGUCAUAUCUGAACAUUUAUCAAACUUCUGCAAAUCACUUUAAAACUGCCUGGAUUGAGAGAUUAUACUCUGGCCUAAGGAAAUACAUUGUAUUUUAGUUGGACAAUGCCUUAAAAUAAGUACAAAUCUUUGUCAUGGGUGAAAACAUCACUGACUGUGCCUUCAAACAUAAUUUUCUCUGAUCAAAGUUGAGUUUUUAUGCAGGACAGGCUUCGUUUUUAAGAUUUAUUCACUGAUUUAUAGCUGAAAUAAUGCCUAAUAAUAGUUUUGUCUGGAAUUUCAGUCCUACCGUUGAGCUGUAAAAGUGUAGGACGCUGUCUUAUCAAACUGAGUCAGACACCUGUUUGUAUAAUUUUGUGUGGAUCUGACUUUACUAUGCACUUAACUACUGAGCAAGAGCGCACUUUAAUAUGUUGUGGAGAUACAGUUCCCAUGUUUAAGCACAAUGAGGUUUGGAGAGCUUUUAAAGGCGUUCAGAUUGCACUGGUGUUCGCUGUAAAUGCUUUGUAAAUAUGUGAUGUUUGUUUUGUAACUGAGAAUGAACCAAAGAUGCUCUGAGUCGUUUGAAUGUCGAAAGCCUGAGCUUUCCUUUUUCAGCUUGAGGAACUGCCUCAGUGUGGCUUGUUAACCCAUACUUAUCAAGAUGCAAACCAAAUGUUUUUACAGAUUUGUCAGUUCAAAUCAGGUACAAUAUCCUUCCAAUAAAAUUUCAUGUCUUGAACCAA